UGGUGCUGGGCCGAGCACUGGUUGCCUUUCUUCUCCAGCCGCGGGUUCGACAGCUUCGCCGUCAGCUUGCUCGGUCAGGGUGAAAGUGAUACACCCUCCGCUCCUGUUGCUGGUUCACUCCAGACACAUGCAGCUGAUGUUGCCGACUUCAUUGACAAAAAACUUAGCUCGCCUCCAGUUCUGCUUGGACAUUCAUUCGGAGGGCUUAUUGUCCAGUACUACAUUGCAAACAUAAGAGACGAGCAACAUACAGGAUCUCUUCCUGAUUGCUACUUGGAUAGGGAUGGUUUGUUCCCGGACUUGGCAGGAGCUGUGCUUGUUUGCUCUGUACCUCCUUCUGGUAAUAGUGGCAUAGUGUGGCGAUAUCUCUUUACCAAACCUAUAGCAGCUUUUAAGGUCACUCGCAGUUUAGCUGCUAAAGGCUUUCAAACUUCUCUUCCUCUCUGUAAGGAAACAUUUUUUUCUGCUGCAAUGGAGGAUCAUCUGGUGCAACGUUAUCAGGAACUAAUGAAGGCUAGUUCGCGGAUGCCAUUGUUUGAUCUAAGGAAGCUGAAUGCUUCUCUUCCAGUUCCCUCUGUGCCAAAAUCUUCUAUUCAACUUCUCGUAGUGGGUGCAACUGAUGAUUUCAUAGUG